CUGCAGCAUCACUGAGCUGCUGCAGUGCAGAAACGCUCACUCAUUCACACCGAUGGUGUGCAGAACAAGGGGGACUUAAAUUAAUCUUCUGAAACUAAAACAUCCAUUUCAGUUUCGUUAAGAAAAUCCAAAAAAAAAAAAGUAAUCAUGAGCUCUUUCAUCUUCUACCGCCGACCUUGGGACAGCUUCAAAGGCUCCCGACUCCCCUUUAAUGCAUCCCAGUCCUCCUCACUUCCAGCUCCACAAUCAGACAGGAGGGCCGUGAAGCUGGUCUCCUCUUCCUUUCCAGAUGGUUACGAAAGGAUGGACCUGGGCCAGGCCAGCUCUGUCAACUCACAGCUGCUGGGUCUGCGCUCACAGGAGAAAGAGCAGUUGGUGGACCUCAACGACCGCUUCGCCACCUACAUCGAGAAGGUCAGGCACCUGGAGCUGCAGAACCGAGCUCUGCUGGUGGAACUAGAGGGGUUGCGCAAGCGGCAGAACCAUCCGUCCCGCCUGCAGGCUACUUACGAAGGGGAGGCACGUACUUUGAGGGCCACGAUUGAGUCUGAGAACGAAGACAAGGUGCAGAUGGAGACGGAGAGGGACUACCUGCAUGGUGUGCACGAGCAAAUGAAGGUGCGCUUGGAGGAGGAGGUUCAGCGGCGUGUGGUUGCUGAGGAAGUGCUUCUGCAAGUCAGGGAGGAGGCGGACCGGGCCGGGCUCUCCAACUGUGACGCUGAGGCCACCGUGGCCUCCUUGUGUGACGAGAUAGCCUUCCUAAGGAAAGUCUUUGCUGAGGAGCACAAGGAGCUGCAGGCCCAGCUGCAGGUGGUCAACAUCAGCGUGGAGGAGGUGAAGGUGGCCCGGCCCGACCUCUCCGCGGCGCUGCGGGAAAUCCGGGCCCAGUACGAGCGGCUGGCCGGCAAGAACAUGCAGGCCGCAGAGGACUGGUACAGGAGCAAGUGCGCCAGCGUGGCAGAGGUGGCCAGCAAGAACAACGAAGCGGCACACGCCAUCCGCGAGGAGACCGUGGAGUACCAGAGACGUCUCCAGUCCCGCUCCUCCGAGAUCGAGGCUCUCCGGAAUGUCAUCGACUCCCUUAAAAAACAGCUGGCAGAGCUUGAGGAGACCCAAGUGAAGGAGGUGGACAAGUACCAGCUGAGGAUCAAUGAACUGGAUAGAGACAUCCAUGAAGCCAAGCAGGAGAUGGGGCGCUACCUGAAAGACUACCAAGACCUUCUCAAUGUCAAGAUGGCUUUGGACAUUGAAAUCGGUGCAUACAGACAACUUCUGGAAGGAGAAGAGAUCCGGCUGUCGUAUCCCUACCUCCCUGGAAUACACUAAAAGAAUCCAACCAUUAACCACUCUCUCAACAUGCAUCCAUCGUCAAAAAGGUCCCCCAUGUCAAGACAGAUGCGCCCUUGUGCUGAACAAGAGGUCCACCACAAGUCCCCCUUCUUCUCCACACGGUGUGACUAAAAAAGUAAAUGUAGAAGGGCUGCACUGCAUGAAUUGUUGCAGUUAAAGUCAAAGCAACAGCUGAUUAAAGCUCCUCGUGCAAACACUUGACCAUUUGUUUGUAGAAUGCUCACUUGAUGCUUGGACUUUAAAUGUGCAAGUACAACUCAGUCAGUGCGCCAAUGAAUCUAAGCAUUUGUAUUUAUUACAUUUGAGACUCCUAAUUAUUCUUCCUCGGCAUUUACAUUCAGUGAGCGGUACGUAAAUGCAGUGGAAGACAAAGUCUAUUGUUAUGUAGCGCUUCUGAGUUUAUUUCAGUCAGAUUGUUUCUGUCUAAGGAAUUUGUGCUCAGAAGGAGCUCCUCGGUGUUACACUCGACGUAACUGUAACUACUAGAAACAAGCCCAAUAAACAAAUAACAGACCUACAA